UUUGCAACGUUUACGUUUGACCGCUUACGUUUUUUACGCUUGUUUGCAACGCUCAACUAGUAUUAUUACUGCUAAAACUUUUGCUUUUGCAAAGAUGAUAACCGGAAGUCUCCUUAUCGUGGGAUUAUUCGUGGCGCUGGUCAUUGCGCAGGGACAGUAUGCGCAAUCCCCGGCAUCCAGCGCCAAAGGAUGCGGCAUUCCCAUCGUAGUCAAUACGGUGCCCGUUCCGGAUGCGUCUCGCUUUGCCGGCCGAUGGUAUAAAUACCGGCAUACCGGUGUCAACACUACCAACCAGUUCCUGGAUCAUGUCCCGCUAAACCGCAGCGGUAUUCCGUUCUCCACCAUUUCCGCUACGGGAAUGAUUCUACGAAUUGAACAGUAUAAUAAUCCGAAUGAUGUGGAAUGUGUGCACCGUUUUCUGGUCUCUUUGUACGGGGUCAACGGACAAUGUCCGGGAAAGGCCUUUCGUCGGUCGACGGCUACGCGCCAGCUGCCAGUGAUCUUAACAUCCUGUAUCUGGACAUCGACACCUUUUACCUGGUCUUCAUCUGCCGUGGUCCCAACUACAAGACGGGCAUGUGUGAUAAACCAGCUUUCCACGUGCUAACACGAAACCGCCCCGAUAAAAUGACGGCGGACCAGCUGCAAGCCAUCGACAACAUCGUCGACGCGGCUUUGGCGCCCUUCUGUUUCUCCUCAGCGGAUGUUCAGCAGCAGAUGUUCACUGACAAUAAACCCUUUUGCACACCGACGGAAUAUGCCGCCGCGGGAUGUGCGCUCAAGUCUGUAACGGCUCUCAUGCAGGACAUCGGCAACUCAACCAGUAACUGAGGACUGACGCAGUUGCGACGGUGUGGCCAUUUUUCGACGGCCCGUCUUGUGCAUACCCGCAUUUCCUUGUACUAGUAAUGCUUAUACGCAUAUGUACUGAUAAUUUAUUAUGACGUUAAGCUGGUCAGUGUGGUAAUGUUUGCUGCACAAAGGUGACCUUUGUUCGUGAAAUGUCACACAAACUGUCUGUAUAUGUAAAUAAUGUAAAAGGUCACUACUGUAUGUCAAGUUAUUACAAACCGAAAGUACAACUGCAUUUUGCCGGUUUAGUAGAAUGUAAG